AACAUGGCUCGGCGUGGUGGUGCGCUCGAGCCUCCCCACGAAGAACAAAAUGCUCUCAGCUACAUGCAGCCGGAGAUUCUGCCCAUACAGAUCAUGAUCGAUGUGCUGAAAGAGCGAGGAAUGAAAGCAGCUUCACUCCAAGGGACAGACAGAGGUCACAUAAUAUGCCUCUUCCACAAACAUGUUUGCCCUAAACAUCGACGGGAUUACCGAGAGAACAGGAGGGGGAAGAUAAUGAUAGCACAGAGAAGUAAAAGAGAAAAAGGCUCUGUCGAUGAAAAUUGGAAAAAAAUGGUAAUGGAUUCCAAAGAAAGAUCACUGUCAUCAUCAAAUUCCUCUGACUCUGCCAGUGCUGAGCGCCUCAAGCCUCCUCCAUCGUGCAUUAACACAGAAAGAAAGACUAUUAAGUUAGGUGGUUCCAACAAGACUUCUGCAUCUAACAUGGACUUUAUUGUGGUUAAGAGAAGAAGUUCGGAAGAUAGUGACCACGGACCAGAAAAGUUGAGAAAAUUGUCAGGAGAAAGAGACUCGGAGCAGAAUAAAAGAAAAGAUAAUGAGGAUCAUGAAAAUUCCAAAAAGAUGAGAAAAGAUACAGAGGAUGAGAACGAUAAGACCUCACAGGAGAAUGGGAAGAAAAUGAAACAUGACAGAAAACCCAUCACAUGGCCGUGAUUUUGUCAUUGGUAUUUAUUAUAAGAGAAUGCAUAGAUAUAAGGCAGCAAGUAGGAAACGGAAACGACUGACAAGAGAAAAUGUUUAGCCAGCUCUUUAGUAUGGUGAAGGAAAUAAAUGCUGAUAACACAAUUUAUAGAGAGGAACAUAGAGUCUGCAUCUGCUAAGAAGUGCUUUGGGGGGAAAUUCAGUGAUUGUAUAUAUACACCAAAGCUUAGAAGAAUAUUCUUUACUGCUUAAACUUGUAUAAGUAAGGAACUCAUGCAUAGAAACAUUUCUCUAAUAGCCAAAAAGCAAAUGUUUGUAUAGUAUGUCCAUGAUACUCUUUGAAUAUAGAACCCUACUUACAGGCUAGUGGUGGAAAUUAUUUUGUGUUCUUUAUAGUAUACCUGUAAUGUGGAUACUCUUUAUUUUAUUUUUAAGAAUUGAUUUAGAUAUGAAUUACACAGCACUAAUGGCUUAUAUACAUGAACAACAAAACAAAACAAUUGAUGAUUGUAUUCUUGCUAUUGGACAAUAGGGAUAAUAGAACUGUAACUGUGCAGCUUUUUCUACAACCUACUUAUUUGAUAUGUAGAAUAACAAAUUUGGAAUGUAUGAAAAUUCUUGAUUAUUUCAAAGAACUCGUCUUCUUUUUCUUACAUUUCUCUAUAGUUAUAUGUUUUUGUUACAUACUAGGCAGUUUACCAAAGACAGAGUGCUGUGAGUGGACACCUUUACCCCUUAAAAGAUGCAUAUCUUACAGUCUGUGGCUAAUCUUUAUAUCAUACAGUUGCAUCUGUCCGCUGUAAAUUAGUAUACACAAAAAAUUAUUUGUAUUUUGGGAAUCUGCUGAUCAAAUUCUACAUUAUAAGAUUUAAAAAGCAUAAUAGUCAUUUACCCAGUUCAGUUUUCCCUAUGUCAAUUCCCCAUAUCAAAAUAUUGGAUGUGUAUCUUUUAGGAGUUAAAGGAACUGUUAACUGCUAAAAUGCCUGAAAAUAGUCAAAACAUUUUCUUUCUCAAUUUUAUCAGGUAAUGAUAUAAUUCAACCCACUUAACUUUU